CGCCGCGCCGGCACACAACCGCACACGCUCUUCCUCAGCUGCGAGCGGCGGCCCCCAAUGUGCCAUGCCGGCGUCGCCAUGGCCGACCCCUCGCUCCGUGCGGCAAGCGUCCCAGCUCCACGCCGUCCUCACCACAUCCGGAAAGAUCGCCCACCCGCCCUCCGCCGGGCACCUCUUCAACUCCCUCACCAACUGCCUCUCGGCGCCGCUCCACCUCAGCUACGCGCUCAGCCUGUUCGAUCGAUUGCCUCUGCACUCCACAUUCCUCUUCGCCACUGCCCUGCGUGCCUGCCUCCGCGCGUCGACCGGCGCAGACCAUCCGGUCCUCCUCUUCCGCCGCAUGCGCCGCGGGGGCGUCCGCGCGGACGCCUUCACGUUCCACUUCCUCUUCAGGUGCUGCGCCCUCGCCCGCGCCCGCGCCGGGAUCUGCCGGAUGCUGCACGCCGCGUGCCUCCGGACCACGCUCCCCUCCGCGGGGAUGCUUGUCGCGAACCCCCUCAUCCACAUGUACGCCGCGCUCGGGCUCACGGACGAUGCGCGCAGGGCGUUCGAUGAGAUACCUGCCAAGGACGCAGUUGCGUGGACGACGAUGAUCGGUGGGCUGGCCAAGAUGGGGCUACUCGAAGAAGCGCGGAGGCUCCUUGUGCAGGCACCGGAGAGGAACGUGGUCGCGUGGACUAGCUUGAUUGCCGGGUACUCUCGUGCAGGUCGGGCUGCUGAGGCCGUGAAUUGCUUCAACAGCAUGCUUUCAGAUGGUGUCGCCCCACAUGAGGUUGCGGUGACUGGUGUGCUCUCAGCAUGUUCGCAGCUCAAGGAUUUGGACCUUGGACGUUCGCUGCACUUUCUGAUUGGGGAGAAGAGGAUCAAGAUGAGUGACAAUCUUGUUGUUGCGCUUAUCGACAUGUAUGCCAAGUGCGGUGACAUUGCCUGUGCACAGGGGAUCUUUGACGCAGUGGGAAGAGGCCAAAAGCCCCAGCCAUGGAAUGCUAUCAUUGACGGGUACUGCAAACUUGGCCAUGUUGAUGUUGCUAGGUCUCUGUUUGAUGAAAUGGACACCCCUGAUGUCAUCACAUUCAACUCGAUGAUCACUGGAUACAUCCACAGUGGCCGGCUUAGAGAUGCAUUACUGUUGUUCAUGCAGAUGAGGAGACAUAGCCUGCGUGCUGAUAAUUUUACAGUGGUGAGCCUUCUCACUGCGUGUGCAAGCUUAGGUGCACUGCCUCAGGGCAGGGCUUUGCAUGCUUCAAUCGAGCAGAGGUUGGUGGAAGAUGAUGUUUAUCUUGCAACUGCACUUGUGGACAUGUAUAUGAAAUGUGGGAGGGUGGAUGAGGCAACCACUGUGUUCCAGCGGAUGGGUGAAAGAGAUGUUCACACUUGGAGUGCCAUGAUUGCAGGUCUUGCUUUCAAUGGAAUGGGUAAGGUUGCUCUGGAGUAUUUCUGCCAGAUGAAACGCGAUGGUUUUCAGCCCAACUCAGUUACCUACAUUGCUGUUCUCACUGCAUGCAGCCACUCUGCCCACUCAUGCCUGCUUAAUGAAGGUCGUCAGCAUUUCAAAGAAAUGAGAUCCUCGCACGGUAUACGCCCUCAGAUUGAGCAUUUUGGCUGCAUGGUAGAUUUGCUUGCUCGAAGUGGGCUCUUGGAUGAAGCUGUGGAUCUUGUUCGGACGAUGCCAAUGCAACCAAAUGCUGUCAUAUGGGGCUCCAUCUUGAGUGCUUGCAGAGUCCACAAAAAAAUUGACCUAGCUCGACAUGCUGCGGAGCAUCUUCUGAAGUUAGAGCCUGACGAGGAUGCUGUCUAUGUUCAGCUGUAUAACAUAUACAUAGACUCUAGAAAAUGGGUAGAUGCAUCAAGGAUAAGGAUGUUGAUGGAAGAACGGGGAGUUAAGAAGACAGCAGGUUACAGUUCGAUUACUGUGGCCGGGCAGGUGCAUAAGUUUGUUGUUAAUGACCAAUCACAUCCUUGGACAUUUGAGAUCAUCACAAUGAUGGAGGAAAUUGCACACAGGCUAAAGUCUGUGGGUUAUUCUCCGAUCACGUCAAAGAUAACAGUGGAUGUUGAUGAGGAAGAGAAAGAACAAGCACUUUUAGCACACAGUGAGAAGAUGGCCAUUGCUUUCGGUCUUAUUAGCCUUCCACCGAACUUGCCUAUUCAUAUCAUGAAAAACCUGAGGGUCUGUGAGGACUGCCACUCUGCAAUCAAGUUAAUCUCAAAGCUUUGGAAACGGGAAAUCAUUGUUAGAGACCGGAGUAGGUUCCACCAUUUUCGAGAUGGAACAUGCUCUUGCAAUGAUUUUUGGUGAUUGUCAUUCUGCAAGAUGCUGUUCUUGUCCUAGAGCUCAGAAAGGCAAGAAUACACCAAUGCAUUAGCAUAAGAGCUUCAUGUCACAAUUGACAUCCAGUUUUGAAUUUAUAAAUGCCUAAGGAACUUGGACAUGAGAAAGGUUAUCUUAGCGAGAGCGUAUUCACUUUCAUCUUCAUUUCCUUUCUGUUGGAGAGCUGGCAUCAUUGAAUUAAUUAGGAAAAAAAGAUCCAAUUACAAUAACUUCUCCCCACCUUGGAUCAGAGUGGCGAGAGGGUGUUUAGUGGAGUAAUGACUGUUACAUAGGCACAAACAAACUGUGGGCUGAGCGAGACACUAAUCCUAAACUAGGAGAUCCUCACAAGCUGCAGACCAGCAACACCUUUAGCGCCUCCUGCAAUCCAUAGGUUCGCUUCGUCUUUGAAGGCCUGGAUCGCAAUCUGAAUAUUUGGAGCAGAUCCAGCAAAAACGCAAGAGUUGCGGUGUUUCCAGAGAAACCAUGCUCCAAGUAUCACCAGUGAGUUGAACUCCUUUUUAGAAUGUUUUUGCACCUUUCUCCAGGAUUUCCCUCCACCAGACAGCAAGAGAGGUUGUUCGUCGAGUUGGUGCAAAACUGAGAGGUUCAGGGGCUACAGAAUGUUAAACCAGAACUGACGGGCGAAAACACAUGAAGUUAAGACGUGUUGGAUGUUCUUUUCUUCUUGGUCGCAAAGGAGACAAUAGUCUGGAUGUGGCAGUUCCCUUUUUUGCAAGCGAUCCACUGUCCAACAUCGAUUACGAACUGCAAGCCAGAGAAAGAUCAUGCAUUUGUUAGGGGCCCAAGACUUCCACAAACGUUUCCAAGGUUCAAACUUGAUGGCGCCGACAAAGAAGGCUUUAUAAGCUGAUCUUGAGGAGAAGAAACCUGAGCUUUCAAACUUCCAGCGAUGUAUGUCAGCCGAACUGCUUAAGUGAACAUCAGAGAUUGCAUCCCAAAGCUCAAGAUACUCCAUAAGACCAUGCCAAUUCAGUGCGCCUCUUAUGUCAGAAACCCAAGUGUUAUCCACCAAAGCCUCAGCCACCGUUCUUUUCUUUCAUGUGCGUACUGUGACAGUCCUAAAAACAUUUGGUGCCAGUUCUUCUAUACUUUUACCAAGUAACCAUCGACUGGACCUGAAAAGAGUGUCAUUGCCACUGCCCACAUUUGUCACAACAGAGAUAGCAAACAGUGCUGAAGCAUUUGGGUGCACAGGUACUUCCAUACCAGCUCAAGGUCGAUCUGGGUUUGUUUUCUCAAACCAUAGCCAGAGCAUCUGAAGUGCCCAGCCCAUGACUUCCAGAUUAAGAAUGCCCAGCCCUCCCAAGUCAAUCAGCCUCAUGAUCUUUUCCCAAGCCAGUGAAGCCACCAAACAGCAACCUCCGUUCACAUCUUUACUACCCUUCCAGAGGAAACCUCUUCUGAUUUUGUUGAUUGCGCAGAUAAACCACUUAGGCAUCUUUAGCGCGAGCAGCAGGAAGAGGGCGGGGCAAUCCGGUGAGGCAUGGAUCAAGAAUUGUGGAAUGGAGUUGAAGCCACUCUGCUGCUAUGGUGGCAUCUGGAAUGGAGGUGGCUAGAGCAAUUUGGCCACCAUACAGAUUACUAAGGGAAUGGAGUUGAAGUCACAUGGCUUUGCUCCGUGGUGUAUUGCCGCGAUAUGACCAGUGAUGAUAGGACCUAGAGGGCCAGCGAGCAAUUUCAUGGAGGUAAGCCCUAGCCGCAGUCUUUUUCUUCCAAAGGAAAAGGAUUCAGAACACACAAAUAAUACAAUAACUUCAAAAGAUUUCUUCCUAUUUUUUGAUAAAAAGGACAUUGCUUAGUUCAGUAUGUGCAAAUCAAUGUAAUUUUUUUUGCUUUGAAACGCUAAGUUAUCUCAUAAUCUUUGUUAUUGUCCUAUCACUUUGCUCUACAGUGCUAACUUUGCUUAGGAACUGACUGAAUCUGUGGUGUUUGUAAUUGUGGAUGCGUGGGAGGGGCAGUAUCAGUUUUGAUCAGCAAGCAGAGGGCAGUGGCUUGGAUGCACAGGGUAUUGUUGAAACAUCUUAAACAAGCUCUUAAGUCGGAACUAGAUUUGAUAGGCGGUUUCAAUGGAUAUGCACGUGAGCCUCUUCAUGAUAUUCACAAGCUAACCCUGAAGUAUGAUGGAUCUGUUUGUGAUAAAGAUGCAUAUAUUACAGGGCGUCUUGAUUUCUAUAGCUUACGACCUAGCCCAGUAUAUGGAUACGUUCUUAUGUAGUUUAAUUAUGAAGUUAGAGUAGAAUAGAUUGUUGGUUCUUACGUUCCAUAUAUAAUUGUACUUUGCACCUAUUGUUGGUUGAAGAAAAUAAAAUAAAAUUUUAUUA